AUGCUUGACUGGUUCAGGUGCUGCUCAGUGUCCAGGGAGAACACAGCCAUGGCUCUGUCCACUCUUCACCUUGCUGCGCUUCUGCUGUCUCUGAUUGGUGGAGCACAGACUGAGGUUCCGUCCAGCUGCUUGGCCUCGGCUGGUGUCCCGGGCAGAGAUGGCAGGGAUGGAAAAGAUGGGAGAGAAGGAGUUUCAGGACCCAAGGGGGACAGAGGAGACUCAGGGCUGCCAGUCCCAGGAGCUCCAGGUAAGAUGGGUCCUGCUGGGCCAGCUGGUCCUAGAGGGCAGAAGGGGGAAGUUGGGAUGCCAGCUGUUUUGCCAUUGUCAUUGGCAUUCCAGACUUUGGCAGAUGUUCAGAUUAUGAGAUCCAGAUUGUCUAUUGUAGAAAAAGCCAUUCGUUUCCGCAUCAUCAGGAAAGUAGGAAUGAAGUAUUACGUGACCGAGGGGUCGCAAGACAAUUAUGAUGCUGGUCUGAAAUUCUGCAGAGAUGCUGGAGGUGAUCUUGUGUUGCCCAAAAAUGAAGAGGAGAACAAAGCUCUUGUGAAGAUUUUAACAGAGCUAGAGACAAUAGCAGGGUGGAUAAGGGCAACAGACAGGAAGACUGAAGGGACCUUCCUGGACACAGAUGACAGCACCCUGAGCUUCACUAAAUGGAAACCAGGAGAGCCCAAUAACAGUGCUAACAGUGAGGAUUGUAUUGUGGCCAUUAAAAGCACAAACCUCUGGAAUGACGUUUCCUGUGGUGGAAAAUUCAACAUAGUAUGUGAAAUCAGCUAAGAACAACAAUGCACGUAUUUAGCCUAAUAGCUAUUUUAGCCUAAUAGUUCACCCAGUUUAUUUCAUUGCUGGUAGUGACUUUCGACACAAACCUACACUUUCUGUUAAUGUUAUACUAUUCCACAUUUUGAGAGACUUCAGAAUUCAUAUUCAAGCUAAUGUCAGUGUCAACCCACUAAAAUGUCAAAAGAAUUAUCACAUAUAUUUUCAAAUUAUGAUUGAAGCUUUUAGCUGCAAAGGGUGGACUGACAUGCAUAAACUGAAUUAAGAAUGGGAUGUGACUUAAGUCAAUAUGUGAGUCAAGGAGGGCAAAUAUUUUUGGCAAUAUAUCAUAUAAUGUAUAUAGGACAAUGGUCCUCCUUUUUACAGUAUGUGUUCAGAAUACAGCGUACUGUAGGUCCAUUGACCAUCAAAGGCCAGGCAUAACCUUGCAUGCUAAUGGGACCACAGAUACAGGAACCAGCAGUGGGGGAAAUGUAAGUAAGUUGUGUAAUAUGAUCCCAGUGUUUUAGCCCUGUGAAUGUGUAUUGAUAAUUGAUUGACAAUAACAGCAAAAAUAUUCAGAGACUUUGGAUUGACACUUUUAUUAUUGGCAAGACAAAGACAUGUCUAUAGACGAUAUUUGACUGCAAAGAGACCAAGACCUGUCCUCAGAUUUAGACUUGUCUAAUGAAUUGCCUCUCUGUCUGUUAUAAAGCAUAACAUAAUUCUCUGUUAAUCCUCAAAUUAAUGAGUAAUACUGUAAGUGACUUAGUUAAAAUAUAUACUCUGUAUUUAGGUUUUGAAUGCAUUAAAGUUAUUAUGAUUUCUGGUU